AUGGCGACCGAGUUGACCGUCCAGUCCGAGCGCGCGUACCAGAAGCAGCCGCACAUCUUCCUCAACCACAAAUCCAAGGCCGCGAAGAGCAGGAGCGCAGGCAAGGGUGGACGAAGAUGGUACAAAGAUGUCGGUCUGGGUUUCAGAACGCCCAAGACGGCCAUUGAAGGACACUACAUUGACAAGAAAUGCCCAUUCACCGGCAUGGUUUCUAUUCGAGGCCGUAUCCUCACCGGCACCGUCGUUUCCACGAAGAUGCACCGAACCUUGAUCAUCCGCCGAGAAUACCUCCACUUCGUCCCCAAGUACGCCAGAUACGAGAAGAGACACACGAACCUGGCCGCCCACGUUUCCCCUGCUUUCCGUGUUGAGGAAGGUGAUACCGUCACUGUUGGUCAAUGCCGACCUCUCAGCAAGACUGUCCGAUUCAAUGUUCUCCGUGUGCUGCCCCGAACUGGCAAGGCCGUCAAGUCUUUCAAGAAAUUCUAA